AUGAAGUACGAAAAUUACACAAGAUUUGGAAUUCAUGACAAAGCUGAAAGGUAUGUUCUCUCUGCAUACACGUCCUUCAUUUUCCUAUCAUCCCUGAUAGGAGACACCCUCAUCCUCAUUGGCUCUAUAAGGUACAACGCUAUAAAGCUUCACAAGAUAAUGGUGGUAUUCAUCCAGUACAUCGCUGUCGCUGAUUUGGUCAUCUCCAUCGUUAGACUCCUGCCUGGUGCAGUUUCACUUGUUGCUAAUGUCUGGGUCUUCGGUGACUUCCUUUGCUCUGCAGGAUUCUUCAUUUCGGGCAGCUUUGGGGGAACAAUCGCUCUUCUCAUCGGUGCCCUAACAUUUGCCAAGUUCCUGAUCGUGAAAUAUCCACUGAGAGCAGUUGAUUUUUCGAAAAGAGCAGGUCAUCUGACGACCCUGGUCAUGUUUUCAUGCAUGUCUUCUUUUGGAGUGCUCGUGGCUGCCGAAAAGGGUGCUUACUUCAGCUACGUGAGCUACAAUUGCGACUAUGCACUUCCAGUUCAUAAGUCCAAGAUUGAUUAUGUCUUUGGAGUAGUUAUAGGAGGAGUCGGCCUCUUCACUACAGGGAUCAUCACAGUAAGCAGCGUUAUGCUACUAUUCCUGGCAAAAAAGAUUGCAGAUAGAAGAGCUGGAGGUCUCCAAUGGCAGGGGAUCAGAACGGUCCUUCUCACUGUGGUUGUUUAUGCCAUAGCAACUGUCCCGUUAGUUGUUAACCUAUUUGAACAUCCAAAAAUCCAGCCACAGUCUACUCCAACUUCCUACAUUGCAUAUACUAGGUUUGCAAUGUUCAUAUUGUAUCUGCAAGCCCCUGCUAACUUCUUCAUCUACACAGCCAGUCUCACCAGCUUCCAGGAGUUCCUGAAGUCUAGGAUCAGGGCGGUUUUUGCUUCCAUCAGGAGACGUUUUGUUUCCAACGAAGAUCAGCGCACCGCUCAGCAGGCGAGAGAGCGAGAUAGACUACUGCCUUAA